AUGGUAUUAUACAAGCUUCUUAUAUUGGUGGUAGUAUGGUUGGUGCCGACAGCUAGUCAGGAAGUGGACGGAGCUGUGAAGCAGGUGGGCGUGGAUGUGGGCGAGAUGGUGGGUCAGGUGGUGGAGCACCAUCUCACCAGCUGCCACCUGGUGCUCAUCACCACUACACCUCGCUCAUUUGUGUUUUCCAGGAUAUUACGACAUCUGAAGAAAGGUGUGGUGGCUGGAGUGGUGGUAGAGGCCGGAUGGGUGUUGUCCCAGGACAAGCUGGUCCAGGACCGCCUCUUCCAGGGUCUGUGGGGCGACACCAGAACCUCCUGCCGGGGACUAAUUGUCGAUCUCACUGAUGCUAACAGAACUGACACUGGACUCAGGUUGAUGACGAUGUCAGGGUUGCACUUUCGAUCUCAGACAACAGUGUUAAUAGUGGGAGGAAGUGCAGAUAUGAAAGCUGUGUUCCUCCACGGAAGUCUUCGCAACACACUCCACGCCCUCUACCUCGCCGUCCACGAUCCACCGCAACAGAGUACCUCGCGUCUCAGGAAAGUCAUCACGCAGGAAACUGCAAGGAAACGUGUGUGGGUGUAUCGACGGUGUCUCUUCUGCAACAAUGGAGAGCAGAAGAUUCAGUUCAUCAGCCAGUGGAACUUGAACUCUCCUGUCGAGACCAUUGCUCACCUAUUUCAGGAGCAGCUCCAGGACAUGAUGGGCCACAGUCUGAGCAUCGUGACGGUGCCUUAUUUUCCCUACAUAGACUUCCAGUCCGCCAGCGAUAAUCUUAAUGAUCCGGUCAAGACCAAGGACUCCCUAGACGUCAGGAUAAUUAACACCUUUGCCGCUCUUCUUAAUUUCACGUAUAACGUUUACGCGGAACCUACUCGUUCAUUUGGAGAGAACAUUGUCGGUAACUUCAGCGGGAUGAUUGGUGAGCUUCAACGUGAGGAGAGGGACCUUAGCACCAUAGUGGCGCCCACACCAGCGCGUCUUAGAGUGGUCGACUAUAUGUCGGGGUAUCCCUCUGAUCCACUCACUCUCACCUCACUCAAGCCAGCUACUCUACCUCCCAGCCUGGCACUUCUCAGACCCCUUACAGGAGAGCUGUGGCUUGCACUGCUGGUGAGCGUGUUGGCUUGGGGCGUGGCGCUGUGGCUUCUGCAGAGGGCGUGGCCCAGGCAAGAAGGAGGACGCGGGUUUACACUGAGCGACACUCUUCUGUACAGUUGGGGUUCUCUCCUGGCGCAGACACCUUCUAACCCCUCCGUCAGUAAGUCUGGAAGGUUGCUGGUUGGUACGUGGCUGGUAUUUUGCUUGAUCAUUACAACGGUGUACAGCUCCUCGCUGAUCGCCCAUCUGACAGUCCAAGGGACGACGCGUCCCAUGGAUACGUUUGAGGAUUUGCUUCAACAGCAUAAUUGGAAAUGGGGCGUCGACCCCUGGCUUUAUAAAGGGGCAACUCUUGAGUAUUUUUCUAAGCAUCCGUCUCCUGUGGUGAAACAAAUAUAUAAUGGAAUGGAGAUGCUGGAGGCGAAGGAGGCGCUGAAGAAGGUGAAGACUGGAGGCUACUCGCUCAUCGACCACAGGAACUACAUUCAGGUGGUUGUAGCUUCCUGGUACACCGACACCAACGGCAACACACCCUUCUACAUCAGUAAUAAAGGGAUAUCCGUAAUAGCCGCCUUUGGCUGGGCAAUCAGGAAAGUAGUAUAUUACUUCUGAGAAGAUAUAUACAUAUAGAUAUAGAUAGAUAUAUUUCCACAUUUAUGUGUUACUCGUUGGACAUCUGGCUAGAUUACCUCACUAUUUUGUGCGUAUUUUUCUUAUUUUCUGUUCAGUCACAGGUUGGUUCAUGAAAAACUGUAGCCAAAAUAAUCCAAUGACUGAUACUUCUGCAAAGUUUUAUAUGCAAUACAAACGUUUAACUUCUCGUACGAUGCUUUG